UAAACAUAUUCCCAAUAAGCUUCAUUUAGCUCUCACAUUGCCAGGAACUCUUUUCUGAUCUGCUGCAUAUAUAACAAUGGAUGUGGUCACAAGUAUGGUUGCUGACAGGCCAGUGGUCAUUUUUAGCAGGACCACCUGUUGCAUGAGCCAUACCAUCAAGACUCUCAUCAAUGGGUUCGGGGCAAACCCCACGGUCUACGAGCUCGAUGAAAUUCAGAAUGGGCAACAAGUUGAAAGGGAACUGCAGCAGAUGGGGUGCAAUCCCAGUGUACCAGCUGUUUUCAUAGGGCAACGGCUGGUUGGAGGUGCUAACCAAGUCAUGUCCCUCCAACUCAGGAACCAGCUUGUCCCAUUGCUCAAAAGUGCUGGAGCUAUAUGGAUUUGAAAGAUAAAGUAGACUUUCAUUAACUUAAAAGUUCAAUACCAUGCAUGCUAUUCAGCAAAAAUAAAGUGAGAAAUGGUUUUGUUGUCUGUGUCCACAUAUAUUUGCAGAGCAUAGUUGUACACCAUUUUUGGGGCUGAGCAGGGUCAUAGCAUUUUCCUUUUACUAAACUUUAACUAGGUGGAACUUGUAAUUUAACUUGCUUAUGUAAUAUCCCUUAUCUACUCUA